AUGGCCCAAGGCAAGAUCAAGCUCCAGGCGAAGAAGUCGACCCGGGUGACGAAGAAGCAGCAGAACCCCAAGAACUACGCCCCUAAAAUCAUCAAGGCCAAGAAGCAAAAGGCCGUCGCUGCGCAAAAGUUCGCCAAACGCCACCAGGCUCAGCUUGCUACCCUGACGGAGAAGCUCAUCUCGUCGAGAGUGGGCCACCUUGAGUUGAUCAAAGGUCUGAGACGGGAGCUCGAAAAGGAGCAGAAGGAAGCUGAGAAAAAGAAGAAGUGA